GUGGACGUGGCGGGGGGCUGCUGCUCUCUGCCCAUGUCCGGCAUCAGUUAACGACUUGUGAACAACGAAAAGGAUUUUAUCAAAGCUUUGAAGAAAAUUUUUAUGGAUAUUAUAAUGUUACCCCACUAAGUAAAUCUCUGCCGAGAGCUUUCUUUGGCCACAAACUGUAAAACUACUGGCUUGUCGCUGGAAGCGCUUUGUCAUGUCGUUACUGUGUGUCCGAGUGAAGAAAGCCAAGCUCAAGGGGCCUGCAGAUAAGUUCAACACCUACGUGACACUGAAGGUUCAGAAUGUUAAAAGCACAACCAUCACUGUGCGUGGGGACCAGCCAUGCUGGGAACAAGAUUUCAUGUUCGAGAUCAACCGGCUGGACCUCGGCCUCAUUGUUGAGGUAUGGAACAAAGGCCUCAUUUGGGACACCAUGGUGGGGACUUCCUGGAUUCCUCUUGGAAGUAUCCGACAGUCUGAGGAGGAGGGCUCAGGGGAAUGGAUUUUCCUGGAUGCAGAGGUCCUGAUGAAAGCAGAUGAGAUAUACGGCACCAAGAACCCAACACCUCAUCGAGUCCAGCUGGAUACUCGCUUUGAGCUGCCUUUUGACAUCCCAGAUGAUGAGGCACUGUAUUGGACAGGCAAGCUUGAGCUCAUCAACACCAUGGGAAUCCAUGAUGAGUACCCUCUCCAGGAUGAUGAUCAGCGUGGCCCACUGCCAUUUGCAGCCUCCCAGUGCUCUCUGGAUGACCAGGACAGUGCUGUAGAUGACCGGGACAGUGACUACCGGAGUGAAACCAGUAACAGCUUGCCUCCUCGUUACCACACAACAGCUCAACCCAAUUCGUCCAUGCACCAGUACCCCAUGGGGCCUCGGCCACAGCACCACACAGACUGCUGCACAGACUCCAUCCACAGUUUUGAUCUGGACUACAGGGAUCAGCGGGGAAGCAGUCCAGUGGAAAGUAGUCGCUUUGGAUCAUCUGGGAACCUGAGCCAGACCAGCUCCCAGUUGAGUGAGACUGGCCAUGAGAGCACUGGAGGGUCAGAACUAGAGGAGUCCUUUCACUCCUUCCAUAGUACUGGCUUACGCCCCUCCACCAAUGGACAGCCAUGUACAAAUGGACACCUUUCCACCAACGGACACUCAAGUGUCAGUGAGCAGGAAAGAGAUCAUUUGUCCUCUGAGGUACAACCAGGUUUAAAAAAUGACACUUCUGCAGAAAGGAGAUCAUCUAAACUCCAAAGGUUCCACGAUGGAGGACCACCGUUACCAUUUUCCCCGUCCAGAGUUCGCUGGUUGAAGGCCAUUAAUAAAGUCAGGGUUCAGCUGCGGGAGGUCCGAGAUGUGGAACCCAGCGCGAGACAGGCUUGGGUUAAACCAGGUGGCGGAUCUGGUCUGUAUGGAAUUGACAGCAUGCCUGAUCUGCGUAAAAAGAAGCCCAUCCCCUUGGUCAGCGAUGUGGCUAUGUCUCUUGUCCAAGCCAGGAAGGCAGGGAUCACCUCCGCUAUGGCUGCUCGGUCUUCAUUCAAGGACGAAGAGCUGAAGAACCAUGUGUACAAGAAGACUCUUCAGGCUCUCAUCUAUCCCAUAUCCUGCACUACACCGCAUAACUUUGAGGUGUGGACAGCAACCACACCCACAUACUGCUAUGAGUGUGAGGGCCUGCUGUGGGGAAUUGCUCGCCAAGGGAUGCGUUGCUCCGAAUGUGGCGUCAAAUGCCAUGAAAAGUGCCAAGAGCUCUUGAAUGCUGACUGUCUUCAACGUGCUGCGGAAAAAAGCUCUAAGCAUGGAGCUGAAGAUCGCACUCAAAAUAUCAUCAUGGCCAUGAAGGACAGGAUGAAGAUUAGGGAAAGGAACAAACCAGAGAUCUUUGAGCUGAUCAGAGAAGUGUUUGUCAUCAGCAAAGCCAUUCACGCACAGCAGAUGAAGGCCAUCAAACAGAGUGUGUUGGAUGGCACCUCAAAGUGGUCAGCCAAGAUCACCAUCACAGUUGUUUGUGCCCAAGGACUUCAGGCAAAAGACAAGACAGGAUCCAGUGACCCAUAUGUCACUGUUCAGGUGGGAAAGACCAAGAAGAGAACCAAGACCAUUUAUGGCAACCUAAAUCCAGUCUGGGAGGAAAAAUUCCACUUUGAGUGCCACAAUUCUUCAGACCGAAUCAAAGUGCGUGUGUGGGAUGAAGAUGAUGACAUCAAGUCCAGGGUGAAGCAGCGUCUGAAGAGAGAGUCUGAUGAUUUUCUGGGUCAGAGUAUCAUUGAAGUUCGAACACUGAGCGGCGAAAUGGAUGUCUGGUACAACCUGGAGAAGAGGACGGACAAGUCGGCCGUGUCGGGUGCCAUUCGCCUCCAAAUCAACGUGGAGAUUAAAGGAGAGGAGAAAGUGGCUGCGUAUCAUGUGCAGUACACCUGUUUGCAUGAGAAUCUGUUCCAUCAUUCAACUGAUGUGCUCGGCCAAGGUGUGGUGAGAAUCCCCGAGGCUCGUGGAGACGAUUCAUGGAAAGUGUACUUUGACGAUGUGGCACAGGACAUAGUUGAUGAGUUUGCCAUGCGUUAUGGGAUUGAGUCAAUCUACCAGGCCAUGACACACUUUGCCUGCCUGUCGACCAAAUACAUGUGUCCUGGGGUUCCUGCGGUGAUGAGCAGCCUGCUUGCUAAUAUCAAUGCUUUCUACGCCCACACCACCGCAUCCACAAAUGUGUCCGCCUCCGACCGUUUUGCUGCUUCCAAUUUUGGGAAAGAACGCUUUGUCAAGCUCUUGGACCAGCUGCACAACUCCUUGCGCAUUGACCUGUCAACCUAUAGGAACCAUUUCCCUGCCAGUAGCAAGGAUCGCCUGCAAGAUUUAAAGUCCACUGUGGACCUUCUUACCAGCAUCACCUUUUUUAGGAUGAAGGUUCAGGAGUUACAGUCUCCACCCAGAGCCAGCCAGGUGGUGAGGGACUGCGUCAAGGCUUGUCUCAACUCUACAUAUGACUACAUCUUUAACAACUGCCAUGAGCUGUACAGCAGACAGUACCAACCUGCUGACACAAACAAGGAGGAGCUGCCUUUGGAGGAACAGGGUCCAAGCAUCAAGAACUUAGAUUUCUGGCCUAAACUCAUCAUGCUUAUUGUCUCCAUCAUUGAAGAAGACAGGAACUCCUACACACCUGUGCUUAAUCAAUUCCCUCAAGAGCUGAAUGUAGGAAAGGUGUCAGCAGAAGUCAUGUGGACGUUGUUCGCUCAGGACAUGAAGUACGCUAUGGAAGAUCAUGAGAAGCACCGGCUGUGUAAGAGUACAGACUACAUGAACCUGCAUUUUAAAGUCAAGUGGCUCUACAAUGAAUAUGUCAAAGAGCUGCCAAACUUCAAGGGUGUUGUUCCUGAUUACCCGUCAUGGUUUGUGCAGUUUGUUCUACAGUGGUUGGAUGAAAAUGAGGAUGUAUCAAUGGAAUUUAUGCAAGGAGCCUUGGAGAGAGACAAAAAAGAUGGAUUCCAGCAGACCUCUGAGCAUGCUCUGUUUUCCUGCUCUGUGGUGGAUAUCUUCACCCAGCUCAACCAGAGCUUUGAGAUCAUCAAGAAACUGGAAUGUCCCGAUCCUAACGUCAUGGCUCAGUACAGCCGCCGCUUCUCCAAGACAAUUGCCAAAGUUCUUCUGCAGUACAGUGCCAUUCUGACCAAGAAUUUCCCUUCUUAUAUUGACAAAGACAAUAUUCCCUGUGUCCUGAUGAAUAACGUGCAGCAGUUAAGAAUCCAGCUGGAGAAGAUGUUUGAGUCAAUGGGUGCAAAGCAGAUGGACACAGAAGCCAGUGAUUUACUGAAUGACCUACAGGUGAGGCUAAACAACGUACUGGAUGACCUCAGCAGUACAUUUGGAAACAGUUUCCGGAGCCGUAUUAAUGACUGUAUGCGACAGAUGGCAUCCUUGCUGUACCAGAUCAAAGGGCCACUCAAUGACAACACCAGAAACCAGGUGGAGGCCGACUCUGACAACAUGCUGCGGCCACUCAUGGAUUUCCUGGAUGGAAAGCUGACUCUGUUUGCCACCGUCUGUGAGAAGACGGUACUGAAGCGUGUGCUUAAGGAGCUGUGGAGGAUUGUUAUGAGCAGCCUGGAGAAAACUAUUGUUCUGCCUCAGGGCAACGACACCUUCGGAGCACAGAUCCUGUCAGCAGCAAAGGAACUGGGACAGCUCUCCAAACUCAAGGAUCACAUGGCAGGGGAGGCUAAAAGCCUGUCUCCCAGGCAGUGUGCCAUCAUGGAUGUGGCUCUAGACACUAUUAAGCAAUACUUCCACGCAGGAGGCAACGGCUUAAAGAAGGCAUUCUUGGAGAAGAGUCCUGAGCUUUCCUCACUACGCCAUGCUCUGUCCCUUUACACACAAACAACAGACACCCUCAUCAAGACGUUUGUGACCACCCAAAAUGCACAAGUGCACAAUGGAAAGGGUAUUAGGUUAACUCCUAAUGAAAAAAUACAGCCCAGCAGGGGUUCAGGUGUGGACAAGCCCAUCGGCGAGGUGUCUCUCCAGACUGAACUGUACACUCAUCCAAAGAGUGGGGAGCGGAAAGUAACUGUCAAAGUCAUAGGAGCCAGUGACUUAAAAUGGCAGACAUCUGGCAUGUUCAGGCCCUUUGUGGAAAUCACCAUGAUCGGGCCUCACCUCAGUGACAAGAAGCGCAAAUUCCAAACCAAAUCAAAGAACAACAGCUGGUCCCCCAAGUUCAACGAAACCUUCCAUUUUGUUCUGAGUAACCAGGAUGGCUUUGAGUGCUAUGAGGUGCAAGCCUGCGUCAAAGACUACUGUUUUGGCCGUGCUGAUCGAGUGGUGGGCUUGACCGUGAUACAGUUAAGAGACAUUAUGGAGAAGGGCAACUGCGCCUGCUGGUGCCCGCUGGGACAACGCAUAUUCAUGGACGACACAGGCCUCACCGCCAUGCGGAUCCUCUCCCAGCGCUCCAACGAUGACGUGGCAAAGGAGUUUGUGAGGCUGAAGUCAGAGACUCGAUCAGCUGAGGAGGGCAGAUGAGGUUAACCUGGAAAGAGAAAGAAAAUCUAAUGUCUGAAUAAGACUGAUGGUGUGCAUGUGAGGUUCUUGUCACAAAGCAGGGAUUUUUUUUCUUUGGAUGUCCAUGUGCACUCUUUCUUAGACUUUUGGCAUGUCUAGCUGCUGAGUCUUCGGUGGCAUCUUGCUAAGCUCACUGGCUCACAAUCAUGUUCUCAGUCUGGGUACUCUGCCCAUCACUUAGUUUCUCUGUUCUUCAAAUUCACUUUAUUUACCAAGCUACUGUAGAGCACAUAUUCACCGCCUCACUCAUUUUAAACACUUUAUUUUACCAGGUUCUGACCACUUAUUCUCCGAUUUAGCCUUUUCCAACCCUCAUCCUCUGUUGUAGUAGCACAGUGUGCUCAAUGGGCCCUCACUGUAAUAGACUAGAGGACCCCACUUCCUGCCAGAGGGCCACAUAAGUUCCCACACCUCUCGAGUGUUCUUGUGCAAUAACCCCCAUCUUCUCCCUCAAAGUGUGGCCAAGUGCUUUAAGCCUUACACUCUGUAAACUGUGAAAGUGUGAAUUUAGUGUUUUUGUUGCCCUUCUGUGUAGCUCCAUUGUGAUGGUUUGAGCAAAUGUGAAAAUAAUUUAAAAGGAAUCGUUUGCUUGAUAAGUGAAUGACUGGUAGCUGAAGGACAAGCCAAUUUUAAAGCAAAGCUGAUAAGAUAUUUUAAUGAUUUCACACAUAUAGAGUUACUAAUGGAAAGUGAAGCUCUUGCUUUAUGAGAUAUGGUACUACACAUAAUGACCCAGUUUUCCUCUUUAAGAACCGAUCAGCUCAGUGUGUGCCUUGCUUUUAGUCAGGCUUAAUUUUUGAUUUCCCAGCAGAAACAGUGGAUGUUUGGUUUUGGUCAUAAAAUAGACAAUAACUUAAAACCUCCUGAAAAAUCUACUCUGUGUGUUCAGAGACCUAAUUUUCAUUUUUAUUUAUUAGUUCUUUUAGCAACUCUCAGCCUAAUGUGGCCAGCUUAAUGUUGGAGCCAUUUUAUUUAUUUAUUUUUAAACAUAUUUAUUUUUUGUUUGUGUGUUUGAAAGUCUGGGAUUGAAAACCUUGUUUGCUGCUGGAAACUGAUGGCUUUUCCACAAAAGUGUGUUUGAGAAUUCACCUAGUGCUAAGGAGCAGCUGCCAUGUUGCUAGCUGUGAACUGCACUUUUGUAAUAAGAUAACAUACACACCACUAUUUAAUAAAACCUCUAUUCCUAAAGUCCUAAAUACAGGAAUAUCUCUGUAUUCCUAAAUAAAGAUCUGAACAUUGGAGCCUCUCAGCUUCUGAAAUUAAACAAUAUUACUUAAAAUAUUUCUUCCUGCUGUUUUCUUCUACUUUUAGUAUAAGUGGCCUUAUUUAGGUGUCAAAAUAAUAAUAAUAAUUUGCAAUUUUUAUUUCCUUUGGUCACCAAAAUGAUGUCUUGCCAUGUCUUUGCCCAUAAUGAUGUCAUGAGUUUCCAAGUGAAGUUCUUAAGUGAUUUUGCAAUAUAGUAAUUACAUCUUGGCUGAGUAUUCAUCUCAGUUUGUUAUAUGUAAUUCUCCUUUUUUUCUGAUGUUUUGUACAUGUUUCCGUUGAUCCUGUUUAUUUGGGGAAGAUACUUCUGCGUUCUCCUGAUGGAAACACCAGUUUUAAUGAUGGAUACAGUUGAUGUUGUGAUGAUAUGAAGGGCAAAAUGUGUGUGUUUUAGCUCAUCACAAAUUUCCCCCUGUGAGUGAUUAUUGAUUUAUAUGAGCAAAUGUUUUUAUAGCCAUCCUGUAAGAUACAUGUUCCUUGUGCCAAGUUGGAAGUUUUCACUUUUGAUCUUUUUUAAGUAUUAUUACUACUUUUUUUUUUAACUUGUUCACCACUGAAUCACAGCAGUAAUACACUGCAUCAGUUACAGUAACUGAUUUGUGUUUUCUUUUUACUGUUACUAUGAAUGUGUCACCAUGUAAACAUUCCAAUUUUGUAUAAAGUAUUUAACAAGUACAUAAAUAUGUUUGCCCGAUUUUUUUA